AAUCGUUUCUUCAAAGGUCAAGGUCACAAUUUCCUUCGAUUUUUUUUUUAUUUUUUCAUUGUACAUAGAAAAUGCUAAACUAACAAAAAGAAUGGCGGGUGUUUGAUGCGUUGACUUAGAUUUGUGUGGAUAAUGGAGGAUACCAAGUUUGAAGUCGAUGACAGAAAACCAUCAUAUGAGAAAUGUGUUUCUAAAGAAGAUCAGGUGUGCCCAGUAGAGUGCGCUGUCUGCCUUCAGCCUUGUAUCCACCCUGUCCAGUUACCCUGCAGACACAUUUUCUGCUUCCUAUGUGUUAAAGGUGCUGCUCACCGAAGCAAGAGAUGUGCCCUUUGUCGUCAGGAGAUUGAGUCGGAAUUCUUCAACAAUCCUAAACUUCUGAGGUAUGAGGACCUUGAACAGACAACUAAGUUUGAUAACCAGUACCAGUGGUUUUAUCAGGGUGGGAACGGCUGGUGGCAGUAUGAUGACAGGACUAGUCAGGAGUUGGAAUCCAAGCACAAAAAUGGAGAAAAGGUGUUCGAGAUCUUGAUUGCAGGAUUUCUGUAUAUAAUUGACUAUGAGAAUAUGGUACAGGUGAGACGCAACGACCGGUCAAGGAAACGGAAGAUUAGGCGGGACCUUGUUUCCAUACCAGGUGUCAAGGGAGUAGCUGGACUGAAGUAUUCAAAGUCUGCAUCGCCAUCCAAUGGACGACCAGUGGGAGAUGGGAACGAACAGUCUAGUCAACCCAGUAACCCUACACUAAGAACUUCCACUGCGAGCGGACUAGCUCGUCGACCCAUUACCUCCCACGGCCAGCUGUCAGUGCCCCACACCCCUAGUAACACCCCACAGACGGCCAAUACUCCUGUUGACAGUCCACCCAGUAGUGUUCAGUCCUCCCAGCAAGAUCUCACCAGUCACUUACAAAAUCUGAACCUGCAGGAUGAUGAUUCGGACACAAACGAAGCCCAGAUGACGAGACGUGUCCCCAGUGGAAGCAAUGACGACAGUCCGCCUUCGUCCAGCAAUCCGAGUUCUAGCAGUGAAAUAGUCCGUCCAGGUAACCCAGCCAGUAGUCAUUCUAGGACCAGACAAAACAUACAGUAUGUCGAUUCUGAUUCCAAUGAUGAUGAGAUUGUGUAAGUGAACAGUGUAUUGUGUAUGAGAAAUUACAAUAUUUAUUGUGUAGUAGAAAGCCAGAUAUCACAUUACAGAUACACAAACUCUUAUUGUCCUCAUGUGUAUUAUUGCCCUGUGUAUUAUACUACAUGUACAACUGUAGUAACAUUAAAUUAACAUGAGAGCAUUGUCAUUUAAAGGAGGAGUCUGUCAAACGUCCGAUAAUUUGUGUAAAAAUCAAAUCAACAAUUUUCUAUAUUUUUGGCAUAAUUCGUUCCUUUGUAGAUUCAAUUUUAGUUUCUAAUUCCAUGCUAAGUAAGUAUUAAUCUGAUGAUUGAUAUACCAGGGGUAUGUUGCUUACAUCAAUUUCUCACAGACUUUAGGCCACACCCCAUUUUAUAAACCUGUACAAUAUAUGAGCACAUUAAUGGUUCAAUUUGUCAUAAAUUUGGUCACUAAAUCUGGUUAUAAUAAUUUUUCACAUUCAUGACAGAAAUUGAAACAGUCAUGGGAUUAUUUUCUAUUGAUAGAAAGGUGUAAAAAUCACGGGUACCUGUCUUCCAUUGUAAGUACAGGUGUACACUGUUUUACAAAUGUCAACUCCCUCUUUGACCUCGUGAAUAAUGAAGCAAUGAACGCGUAAAUGAAUUCUACUCACUUCCACUGUACACACUAGUACUGGACAUCGCGGUCAGUGUCUGUGAGCUAUCGCAAGUCAAAUGUCGAUAUAUUCACACUGAUCGCACGCUCAAUAGACAUUCCGCCUUCUCAUUCAAAUAAUACAAUGACUUAACAGAGCAGUAAUGGUGAUGUCAGAAAUUAACACUGAAGUAUCAGUAUAGGUUUCUAUUUAAUCAAUGUUAUGUAUGUAAUUGAGAAUUUCUCUCAGAAACGUUUUAAAAUAUCUCUACUUAACUUUGCGCUUUUUACUAAGAUAUGACAGUGCUCUGAUUUAAAACAUACUAAAAGAAGUGAAUUGAGGGUUAAUAAGGGGCCAAAUAGGACAGUUUGACAGACUCCAUUCUUUAUAACCUUUUUGUGCUUCUGGAUCCUGGUGUUUAUUUUCAGAUAUUUUUUGUGUCGUAUUUUACUGGUAUUGUCAGAAUAGUGAUUUCAUAAGAAUGUAAUUCUGUACAUAAGUAAAUCUGUACAUUUGAUUUUAAAAAACAGUGUGUAAUAUUUAAUUAAUGUUACAAUAGUACUAAAGCAUAACUAGUAGGCAUUUUCAAUCAAGUGUAUACUUGUAGUUAUUCAAUGUCAUUAAAAGGACUAUGUGUGAUGCGGACUCUAUUAGCCCUCAAAAAUGAAUGUUUUAAAAUAUGAGUGUGUGUUGUGCGAGAAUCCAAAUGCAUGGACUCAGUUGUUAUUCUGAUUGGAUCAAGCUGAUGUAAAAUCGAGAUUAUGUCAUUAGAAACAUGGCAUUUUUCUUUCAAAUGAUUUUUGGUAUCUUGACUACCGGUAAAAGGAUUAUCUUUCAAAUUGACAAAAAGAUUAUCUUUAUCAAACAGUUUUCAUUUAAAAAAUAUGAACAGAUUUUUUUUUUGUCCAAAGCUGAGUUCUGCUGUUGACGGAAAGUAACAUUUUAUUAUCAACGAAAUUUGAGUAAAAUUGUGAAAUUGAAUCACUUUGGAUUUGAUGUACUCCGAAUGACUAAAUAUCACAGACAAUUUACACGAGACAUAAUUAUUGGACAUGAUCUCUUAUACAAAAUAAAAAAGAAAUUUUUUUUUUCAUUAGAAAAUUUUCAAAAUGUGAUGAAUACUGUAUUAGUACAUACUAGUGCAUGUACUGUGUUUACAGUUCUUCUCUUUAAGUUAGCCUUGUUCGUGUAAAACCUAAAGAAACUGACACUGCUGUUGAGGUGUGAUAUAUUGAUAUUUGGCUUUAUUUGUAUUCUAUGUGAUGCACUUUUCAUUAUUUGUGUUUAGAUGUUUGAAAGUUUAUUUUCCUCUGAAAUAUUUUAUUUACAAGGACUGUGUAGAUGGGUGAAUUGGCCUAAAAUGCAUUAUUUAUGUAGAGAUAUGUAUACAAGUAAUUAUUUUGCCAUAUGUGAUACAUAUGAAGUUCAUGUGAUUAAAAAGUGCUUAUUUGAUGUCAAGUAAUAAUUACUUUUUUCAGUUUGUGCUUUUGAUUAAAGAAUUUUUUAUGAUC